AUGGCCGACAAGUACAUCCCCGAGCACCGUCGCACGACGUUCAAGGCGAAGAGCGCCUUCAAGCCAGACGAACUCCGCCGCCGCCGUGAAGAGCAACAGGUCGAGAUCCGCCGGGCGAAGCGUGAGGAGAACCUCGCAAAGCGCCGCGGUAUCGCUGGACGGGACCAGCCGGGCGCCUCGCUCGGCGCUGCCCCCGACAGCGACGAUGAGGGCGGCAACAUCGAGAGCCAGCUCAACGAGGAGCUCCCCCAGAUGGUAAAGGGCGUCUUCUCGGAACAGAUCGACGAGCAGAUCCAGGCGACGACCAAGUUCCGCAAGCUGCUGUCCAAGGAGCGCAACCCCCCGAUCGAGCGCGUUAUCGAGACUGGCGUCGUGAGCCGCUUCGUCGAGUUCCUGCGCUCCCCGCACACGCUGGUGCAGUUCGAGGCCGCCUGGGCCCUCACCAACAUCGCGUCGGGCUCGGCGCAACAAACACAGGUCGUCAUCGAGGCGGGCGCCGUGCCCAUCUUCGUCGAGCUGCUCAGCAGCCACGAGCCCGACGUGCGCGAGCAGGCCGUCUGGGCCCUGGGUAACAUCGCCGGUGACAGCCCCGCAUGCCGCGACUUUGUCCUGCAGGCCGGUGCCCUCCGCCCGCUGCUGGCCCUGCUGGGCGACAGCCGCAAGCUCAGCAUGCUGCGCAAUGCCACCUGGACCCUGAGCAACUUCUGCCGCGGCAAGACCCCUCAGCCCGACUGGCAAACUAUCCAGCCUGCCCUGCCUGUGCUCGCCAAGCUCGUAUACUCGCUCGACGACGAGGUCCUCAUCGACGCCUGCUGGGCCAUCUCGUACCUCUCCGAUGGCUCCAACGACAAGAUCCAGGCCGUCAUCGAGGCCGGCAUCCCCCGCCGCCUCGUGGAGCUGCUCAUGCACGCCUCGACCUCCGUCCAGACCCCCGCCCUGCGCUCCGUCGGCAACAUCGUGACUGGCGACGACGUCCAGACCCAGGUCAUCAUCAACUGCGGCUCGCUCCCCGCGCUGCUGUCCCUCCUCAGUUCCACCAAGGACGGAAUCCGCAAGGAGGCGUGCUGGACCAUCUCCAACAUCACCGCCGGCAACUCGACCCAGAUCCAGGCCGUCAUCGAUGCUAACAUCAUCCCCCCUCUGAUCCACCUCCUCCAGAACGGCGACUUCAAGACGCGCAAGGAGGCCUGCUGGGCCAUCUCCAACGCCACCAGCGGUGGUCUGCAGAAGCCUGCUCAGAUCCGCUACCUCGUCCAGAGCGGCUGCAUCAAGCCCCUCUGCGAUCUCCUCGCCUGCCCCGACAACAAGAUCAUCCAGGUUGCCCUCGACGGUCUUGAGAACAUCCUGAAGGUCGGCGAGAUGGACAAGGAGGCCAGCGAGGGUGGUGCUGGUGGCGAGCCCAUCAACCGCUACGCUCUCUUCAUCGAAGAGGUCGGCGGCAUGGAGAAGAUCCACGAGUGCCAGAACAACGCCAACGAGGAGAUCUACAUGAAGGCCUACAACAUCAUCGAGAAGUACUUCGCCGACGAGGAGGGUGAGGCGGAGAACAUGGGCGAGGCCGGACCCCAGGUCAACCAGGACGGUCAAUUCGGCUUCGGCGCCGCUGGUCAGCAGCAACAACAGAACUUCAACUUUGCCAACGGAGGUGACUCCAUGGACAUGUAA